UGAUAUGGAAGGGAGAGAGAGAGAGAGUUCUGUAAUCUGUCCAUUUUGUAUCGCUCUUUUUCUCCCCUUCAGGCCCCCCGGCUGCCAGACGUCACACCAGUUUAAAACAAGGACAAAAAAAGUUGUCGGGUGAACGAGAGAAAAAAACUCUGAAACCCUUCCCCGAUCCGAAUCCAGGGAGGAGUGAGUGAGUGUGACAAAACGAGGGGAUCAAGAGAGAGAGAGAGAGCACGCGAAGGAAUCCUCUCUCACAACCACACAGAAUACAGUGGUUUUUCUGACUAUCGCCGAAAGGAACUGUGGUCAGAAAGUCGUUACCGGGGGAAAUACUUCAGGGCGAGGCCACGGAGAGAAUGCGUCUCAGGUUUCUGUACAGGAUUUAUGUGCUGUGGGGUUUUGUGGCAGUCACAUCCUCUCUGACCAAGGCUGAGAAGAAAAAGGCGACGGGCAGAAUAUCUCGGCAGGUGGACAAUAGUCCGGACGGGGUGUGGUCUGCCUGGGAGGAGUGGUCAGGAUGUUCUCAGAGUUGUGGAGUGGGCGUGUCACAGAGAACCAGAAAGUGUGAAGCCCCUCCCCGUUCUCUAACUCCUCCCCUCUCCCACUCUCUUCCAAACUGGGGGGGUUCAUCGUUCCUCCCAGGGAGGGCCGGGGAUCCCAACCAUGGCUCUGUCAUCUCCGCCAUCCGCCCCUUCUACCCCCCUCAUUACUCUAGGAACCAGCAAUCCCAGUACGGUGGGGGAGGGACAGAGAGACAGCCAGACCCCUUCUAUCCCCCCUCACUCCCAUCAUCCAAUCAGAACCCAGGACUGUCUCUCUAUCGGGACACUCCUAUAGGAGGAGGGGCAGGAGCUGUGCCAGCGCAGUCCUCCAAUCCCACGUCUCCCCUCUAUCGCCCGGAAUUCUCAUCACCCAAUCAGGAGCCAGGUUCUGUUUACCGUUCCCCCUCAUUUCCUGCCCCCCCAUCCAGCUACAGCCAAACAGCACAUGCCGCCCGCCAGCCAGCCAAUCCUGGAACAGGGAGGGCGAGAGGAAGUGGCAGCAGAAGGUCAGUGUUGCCCAAUAGGGGGGCUCUGCCUGCUAGUAGGUCCUCUUCUAUCCGUCCGGGUCAGUUUGGUUACGGCAGGGUUCCCUUCUCUCUGCCAUUACACCGGCAAAACCGGCAGGCCCGCCACACUGAGCACGGCAAUGCUACCAUAGCAACCCUGGUACUAGAGACCGAGGGGCAGGAGGGAACUGUUGUUAACAUUAACCAAAUGGACAGAUCUGGAGAAGGAGAAGAGAAGAGGAGGGGAGAGAAGGAGAGGGAGGGAGGCAAGAACCACAAACGGAAUAGGGGAGAGAGGGAGCAUGAGAGGAGAGAGGAGGAGAGGAAGACAGAGGGGGAGAGUACGGAGUCACCUGUCGCUAAGGCAUUAAUAAUGACAACCAUAGCUAAACCAGAAAGGAAUGUACAGAGGGACACGGACACUCACAGACAGAUGGACAGACAGACACAAGCUGCUGCAGAGCGAGGGAGGGAGAGAGGGAGAGAAAGAGAGAGAGUGCCCUCGACCCUCCCUCACUCAUACAGGCCAUCUCCCUUCCAGCCCAACCACGACAGAAUCAUUGAUAGACGCGCCCCUCCUCCCCUCCCCCCUCUGCCUCACGCCUACCCCCCCCCCCUCUCUCACCCCUACUCACCCCCUCUCCACCGCUCCUCCCCCGAGCACAGAGAGAGAGAUGGGUUCAACCCUCAGCUCCAAUCCCCUCACCCUAGACCCCCACAACCCAACAUCUACCCCCUGCAACAACAGCAGCACCCCCACCCCCUGGCCGAGAGGGAGACAGGGGGACAGAGAUUACCCCCCCAGAACUACAGGUGUUCGGGAGCAGAGAAUGAGUAUCGUCGGUGCUUCUCACAGGUAUGUGUAGGAGGUGCAGACUCCAGAGCAGAGCAGUGUGCUUCCUACAACAACCAGGAGUUUAUGGGCAGACUGUACGACUGGGAACCUUUCACUCAGGUUGGGGUGGAAAAGCAGUGUGAGCUGACGUGUAGGCCGGUUGGAUAUCGCUUCUACGUGAGUCAGGCAGACAGAGUGAGAGAUGGAACACCCUGCGUUAACACCAGCACCAAUGACGUGUGUGUGGCCGGGCGCUGCCUGGUAAGUGUGUAGGUAGGGGGUCAACCUGUAAAUGUGUGAGGGGGUCAACCUGUAAGUGUGUGA